CCUGCAUGCUUAUAGUUCAUAUUUUAUCCUGAACAAUAGAUACUUGUUGCUGAAGUUGGAUAUGCUACGAGUGUAAGAUAGUGAACAGACAAUGAAUUUAAAAUCUAACGCUAAGAAGAGUUAGCGACAUCUAGACGAGUUGCGACAACUAAUUGAUAUAUUUCUAUGAUCGCGUUCAUAUUCUGAGAAGUACAUGAACAAGUAUAUGAAGAAGAAAUAUAUGAAGAAGAAAGCUCUACUAUUUCAAUCUUUAUUUAUAAAUAUUAUUCGUCAUUAUAUAUAUUUUGUUAUUUAUUUUUUAAUUUUACAUUAUAGUAGGGAAAUUAUUAGGCAAAAUUUAAAAAAUCUUUUCUCCGCGGUAGUAAUCUUUUAUAAACUUUAUGAAACUGUUCAUAAAUUUUCACUACUCGAACUUAGUUACAUGUAAACUUGCAGUCUUUUAAAAAUGGCGUCAUCCAUGAUGGCUGCCGCCACUGUUCGAGCUGUCAAGGGAAGAAAAAUUCUUUCUACGCGAGCUGCACUUACAUUAACACCUAAUGCUGUUAAAAAGAUUAAAGAAAUUUUGGAUAAUAAAUCAGAAUAUAUUGGUCUCAAAGUCAGUGUAAAGCAACGAGGCUGCAAUGGAUUAAGUUAUACAUUAGAUUAUGCGAAAGAAAAAAGCCAGCUAGAUGAAGAAGUAGUACAAGAUGGAGUUCGUAUAAUAAUAGAUAAGAAAGCUCAAUUAUCGCUUCUUGGAACAGAAAUGGAUUAUAUUGAAAACAAAUUAAGUUCUGAAUUUGUGUUUAAUAAUCCAAAUAUCAAAGGGACGUGUGGGUGUGGAGAAAGUUUCUCAGUUUAGUCGAUUAAUGUUUUUCGAUAGUCACAUUUUAAAUUGUAUAUUUCAUUGUAAUAUGAAACAUAUGAAGUAAUCUAAUUGAAUAGAUUUAAUUAUGCUUAUAUUUGUAGAAAUCAAAAUUAUUAGAGCAGACACUCACACAUAUACUUAUCUUAAAAUUAUAAAAAUGUGAAUUUGUUUUAUUGUUGUAUUUGACGAAGGAAAUUUCCAGUUUGAGUUGUGAAGUGAUCUGCAUUAUUCUAUGUUCAAAUAAACCUAAUAUUAUUUA